AGAUGCGCGAUUACAAUUACACAAUGUAAAGUUGAAACACAGAUAUUAUUCUAGUUGUUAUGAAGAGACAUUCCAUAUGAGUGACUCGAGUACCUUACGCAGGUUUGUCAAUCUCGAAGAAUAGAUUUUUCUAACAAUUACAUCAUUCGCUGUAAGUCAUUUUGCUUUGGAGAAAAUAAAGUUUUCUGAAGAUCUGAGUUCAAAAAAACCCGAAAAUUGACCAAUUUCAGCUUUUUAUGUAUAAAAUCGUCAGUUUUCGUUAGACUUUUUUGAACGACAUUCUAUUAGACAGAGCGUACAAAACAAAAUUUAGUAUUCAAAAAUAUUUUAAAGUUAAGAUAGUAGUCGCAAAAAACAAUUUACUAAAAUUUUGAGGUUUUGAAAAACUGACAUUUUUGUCGAAAAACGUGAAUAUUUUAAGCAAUCAAACGGAAAUCUAUAAUAAAGUUUUGAUAUUUUAAUAGAGCAAACAAUUCUGCAUCUGACGCGUUGCUUAAAAAUGACAAAAUCGAUGCAACUCAGGAUCAAAAUGGUCACACAAUAGCCAGAGCUGGAAAUGACCAAAACACAGAAAAUGCUCUGCUUUGGUCAGAAACUUUUCAAAUUAUUUCUGAUUCUUCUGAGUCUGUAUUGAAGAAAAGCACAGCAGUCCUUCCUUACUAAGUAAGUGCUUACUGGGUAAGGACAGUCUAUCUCAUAAAGAUAAAACUGCGAUUCGUUUAAAAUUAGUAUCAGUACUUACUGAGCAACAACUACCCCAGCCAGACUAAACUUUGAAAUUAUUACAAGUGUAUUAAUUGUGUUAUUACAAGAAUUUUCAGUAUUUUUCGAAUAUCUGGAGAAGGAAACCAUAAUUUUAAAAAAUAAAAAAAUUAACCUAAGAUAGAGCCUAAAGUAUCUUUGGCAAAAAAUUGAGUUAGAUCGGGCCAUUUUUUCGAGGGGUCGUAAUGUUACUGGUGGAAAACCAGAGUUUUCUAGAAAACCCAUAGAAGAACAUGUGAGAAAAUUCUGGACAAAAAUAUAGCGAUUUUCUUUUUCGAUCUUCUAUCUCUGCUAUAAAUUUGAGCUCAAUUAGACAUGUACUCCGCAUUUGGCAACAAGGUGAAAAAGAGGCGGGAGGAGGGGGUUACACUUAACCACUUUCAUAAAAUAUGUAAAACGUUUACUUUAAUAGAUAUUUUAGAUCAAUUGAGUGAAGAAGAGUGUAGAAAAUUAAAAUUUUUAUUAGGUAAAGAUAUACCUCGUCGUAUACGUGAUGAUCCAACGAUCGGUGGUACAUUGGAUCUCUUUGAACAACUACUUGAGAGAUGUAAAAUACCUGCAAAAGAAUUUAAGUAUUUAAUCGAAGCGUUUGAAGGUAUAAAAUGUAUUGUUGCAACCUGA